UUAGCUGGUUAAAGAAAAAGGUUGUGGGGCAAUUUAGAAAAUUGGCACAAUUAGAAGGGGUCAACGUCCAAUAAACCCCUUUUCCUUGUCUGAUUAAACUACUGUAAACCAAACCCUACGCGCAAAGAAAAGCGUUCAGGAACUAUUUCUCUCACCUGAUUGAUUCGUGUUAUCCAGUCCCCAAACUUGAGCGUCAGAAAUUAGGGCAGUGCGCUUUCUCCCCGUCUCGGAAGGUUGCGGGCAAUUCUCCUCUACCUUUACUAACUGAGUUUCUAUUUCUGACUCACUGAGUUUCCAACUGGUUCCUCCAACCCAGCCUAAAAUCGUCCCACGCACCGAUGAAGAACGGUCUCGAGGUGUUCGACUUCAAAGAGGAAGACGAGAUUUCGGAAUUGGUAGCUGAUAAAUACUUGAGCAAAUUGAAAAACCCUAAUUUCGAUGACUCCGCAAGUCUUAAAUAUCAGUUUCUCGAAUGUGUUGCCCAUGGUGCUGCUAUUCAGAGAAAGGAAAUGGACAACAUUCCUUGGGUAGAUGUUGAUGCAAUUGAUGGCAAUUGUAGUUGUGAUGGUGCUACUCCAGCUGUCCCACUGGGUAGUGAAAAGGAAUUUGUCAUAAAGGAAGGAAAUGCUGAGCCGGAUGCUUCCCCAGAUUCAAAGUCUACUCGUUCUGAACAACAGGCAGACUUAGAAAAAGAUAGCCAUGAGCAUAGAAGUAGCUGUUCUGAAUUGGAUUUGGGAGAUUCAUGUGCUGAAGUACCUUCACCUGGGAAUAGACAAUUAAACUGUGCCCUUUCUAAUUCUCCAUUAACUAAUGAACCAGUUGAUCUUGCUUCAAAUUCUAAUGAAAGCAUGAGUCAAAUAUCCCCAUCAAGUCUUGCUUCAGAUGUAGUAGAGGAUGAUGUUUCUUUGAAUGGCAACGGGACCGAUCAUUUCUUUGGCAAUACGCCUGUGGAUAACAUAGACAGGACAAUUAUUAUAUGUUCUGAUUAUGUUCUAUAUCAAGAUAAUUAUUACACAGGGGCGUCAGUCAUUUUCUCUCCUAGUGGCAUCAAAAUUGAGGGGUCAAUUGUGAGUGAACACCGAGGGGCCUUUAGUUUCGAAAGGGGAAUUGAUGAUAUUAUUAAUAUUGAUAGUCAGGGGUUUGAAAGGGUUGGAUAUGUGACAGUCAAUCUGAAAGUACUAACAAAGGUUGCAGUAGAGGCUGAGAAUGCAUGUGGUCCUGCAGUCGUUGAGGAGUUAAAGUUUGCGGUUCUUGACCCCAGAUGGUCUGAGAAACAGGAAGCAAUCACUUCAUUAAAUUCUAAAUACCUGGCCAUAUGGAAUAUUGUGCUUGAUCCACUUACAGGAAUAGAUGGAGAUGAUUCACUUGUACAAAAGUCUUAUUUUGCCAAUUUUGAUGAGCCUUUUAAGGAGGUUAUAUAUCCAAAAGGCGAUUUUGAUGCAGUUUCCAUUAGCAAGAGAGAUGUUGAUCUUUUACAACCAGAGACAUUCAUCAAUGAUACGAUCAUUGACUUCUACAUCAAGUAUCUGAAGAAUCAGAUUCAACCAGAGGAAAGUCAGAGAUUGCAUUUUUUUAACAGUUUUUUCUUUCGGAAACUUGCUGAUCUUGACAAAGAUCCAUCCAGUAUUUCAGAUGGCAAGGCAGCUUUCCUCCGUGUUCAUAAAUGGACAAAGAAAUUCGAUAUGUUUGGAAAAGAUUACAUCUUUAUUCCUGUAAAUUUCAACCUUCAUUGGAGUUUGAUAGUCAUAUGUCAUCCUGGUGAAGUGGCUGGUUUUAAAGAUGAAGAGUUGGACCAGUCAUCCAAAGUACCAUGCAUACUGCAUAUGGAUUCUAUCAGAGGAAAUCAUGCAGGUCUCAAAAAUCUUGUCCAAAGUUACCUAUGGGAAGAGUGGAAAGAGAGGCACAAGGAGACAUCUGAAGAUCUUUCUUCAAAAUUCUUGAAUCUGCGGUUUGUCUCACUCGAGCUGCCACAGCAGGAGAAUUCAUUUGAUUGCGGUCUGUUCUUACUCCACUAUCUGGAGCUCUUUUUAGCUGAAGCCCCUCCUAACUUCAAUCCAUUCAAAAUAACCAAGUUCUCUAACUUUCUUACUUUGGGUUGGUUUCCACCUGCUGAGGCAUCUCUAAAGCGCACUCUUAUCCAGAAGUUAAUUUUUGAACUCCUAGAGAUUCGGUCUCGGGAAAUCAGUUCAUCUGAUUGCAGUGAUGAACAUCAAUCGACUAAAUCUCCUGAAAAGAUUGAAAAUGAAAAUGGUGUGGAGUUUAUUUCAGAGAGUUUCAGCCCACAAGUAGCUUGUCAUGGGAAUUUAGAUUCCCAAGCGUGCCGAGGGAUUGAAAUGACUUUGUUAGCAUCAUCUUCUAUGAGAAAUAUGGAGAGUGUUAAUGAUUCCGGCUUGGUUCUUAGGGAGUUCUUUGAGCCAGGAGUUACAACAGGAUCUUUGCUUGGACAAUUUCAGUCUUUUGGCCAGCAGCCAUCAUAUUACAAUCUGAAUGGGGCUAUAUCACCAAGAGAGCAAGAAGAUGUGCAAACCGGUCAACAGUUUCUUUAUUUAGCUUCUGGAGAAACUGGUUUUCCGCAAUUUGCUGGAAUCACACCUGAAGCCUGUGAAGUUCCAUAUUCAUCGAGAGGUUUUGUCAUGGGCAGUUCAUGGAAUCCUGGAAUUUCCAUGCAAGGGGAGCAUGAAGUUGACGGAUCACUUGAAACAUCUUGUGCCUCUGAUGAUAAUGAUGACGGUGAUGAUGACGAUGAUGUUGGGAUCAUUGAAAAUAACUCCAUUGAGGAUAAUGUAGAUCCAAUUGAAGAACUGGAUACAGAUCAGGAACGAUCUCAGUUGGUGGAAAAUGUUGAGCGUCUGAAGAAAGGUUUCACACCUGCCUCCAUUGGGGUGCUGGAGACUUCUAUUGCUGAAGUUUCUGGAGCUUCUGAGGACACUAACAAGAUUCACAAUAGCACUAAGGAUGCAGACCUUCCUUCCGAAGAUAAUUUGCCCAUAUUGUUCCAUAAAAAUCCUGGUGGAGCAGUGAACCAAUUGGAUCAGGAUCCUGAACUUGUUGAAACGAAUGUUGAAAUGGUUGAGAACAAGGAGGCUGGAGUUGAUGAUGUGCAAAUGAUUGGUGACCUUCCAUCCCAAGAUAAUUCAGUUGCAUCAUUGCAUCAAAAUCCCAUUAUGAUGUUGAACCAGUUGGAUCUGGAUUCUGAACUGGUUGAAAAGGAGGCUAGAGGUGAUGAUGUGCAAAUGAUCGGUGAUGCCCUUCCAUCUGAAGAUAAUUCAACUGUAUCGUCACAUCAAAAUCCCAGUAUGGUGUUGAACCAUUUGGAUCAGGAUUUUGAAUUGGUUGAAAACAAGAAGGCUAGAGGUGAUUCCAUAGGCGAAGAUGUGAAAAUGAUUGGUGAUGACCUUCCCUCUGAAGAUAAUUCAACUGUACAGUCGCAUCAAAAUCCAGGUAUGGCUGUGAACCAAUUGGAUCAGGAUUCUGAAGUUGUUCAAAACAAGGAGACCAUUGGUGAUGAUGUGCAACUAACCAGUGACGACCAAACGUCCGAAUUAGCUGGACAACCAGCUUCAAAAAGGAUACGGCUUACGCCUUCCCUUGAGUAGAAAGUGAACUCAUUGGAAGCCUGCCAAAGGGGCCAUUUGUUUUACUACGAGGAUGGGGCAGUAGGAGAAUUGUUUUGA